UCCUUGCUACAGAAGACCUGGGACAGAGGACUGCUGUCUGCCCUCUCUGGUCGCCCUGCCUCGCUAGAAGAGCUGUGACCCCAGCCAUGAGGACCCUCGCCAUCCUUGCUGCCAUUCUCCUGUUCGCCCUGCAGGCCCAGGCUGAGUCACUCCAGGAAACAGCUGAUGACGCUGCAACCCAGGAGCAGCCUGGGGAAGACGACCAGGACCUUGCUGUCUCCUUUGAAGAAAAUGGACUCUCUACUCUUAGACCCUCAGGUUCUCAGCCGAGAUUCAGAUGCCGUUGCCGAAUCGGCCUUUGUUCCAGGCGUGAGUCCCACUCCGGGAGUUGCCUUUUAUUUGGCAAAGUCGGCAGACGCUGCUGUCGCUGA